CUUUACAGUGCAUAUUCAGGUAUGUCUGAAAUGAAGCUGAAAAGUGUAGAAGACGAACUUGAUGAUCUUGCAGUUAGAAUACUGGAGCUAAUGAAUGAUAGUAUUACUUGCAAAAUGAACAUAGAAAGGGCUGUGAGAUCAGGCUGUUUGGAUCUUGCAAAAACAAGAUAUAUUCUGGGGAAUACCAACAGUGUCUCGGCUACAAAGAUACCAACUGAAGAACUAAUAGCCACAACGACUGUUGUUCCAUCUCAAUCAGAAGACGGAAAGUCUGUGUAUGAACUGAAACGUGAAACUCCUUCCAAGGAUCCAGAAAAUAAAUCAAAAAGCACAAACCAAGAUCCCAUAAAGUGGUUUGGAUUUUUGGUUCCCACAAAUCUGAGACAAGGCCAGUCGUGGUUUUUGAGGGCUAUAGAUUAUUCAGUGCAAAGUGCAAACAUUUCUGCUGAGAUGAAUGCAUCUCUUGACAAGUAUACACAACUAAAGAGUGAUAAAAACUCCCUUAAAAGUGAAAUGAAGGAGUCCUAGUUUUGUAAAUGAUUAAAUAAUAUUAAUGGUUAGUAUUUAAGGUACUGUAAUAAUUAUUAUUUAAUUGUAAAUAUCUUCAUUUUCAAAUUUAUUUAAAAUAAAAUAAUAACUCUACUUGGUUAUUUAUUCCCUCUUUAAGAGAGCACUGUUAGCUGCGUAUCUGAGGCUACAUUACAUGAGGAUGAAGUUUUUUGUUAACUGUGUUAUAGAUUACCUCGUCUAAAAUCCAUGAACGUUUUAUUUCAGAGACUUAGAUCUCAAUGCUAAUUAAUUGUUAAAAAUAUUAUUAUUUGUUAAUGGUAUAUAAUUUGUAUUUAAAAUAGUUUCUUAGGGAAAAAUGUAUACUGAAUAAAUUAAAAGUUAUUAGUAUUUAUGAUAAGUUUUCCAUUCAUUACCAGUGAGGCCUAAAAUAGUUUUGAAGUGAAACAUUUAUGGGUUUUAGACGAGUUCCUAUUCGUAAUGCAGUUUUAAACUUAUGCCCUAUGUUAAAAGCGAAGCAUCAGUUUUACAGCUGGUAGACGACUAGUUCCACAGUAUAACUAGACAUCAUUGAUGAUAAAGAAGUGAACUGUUCAACAUUUAUUUUUAAAACAAGUUUUGUAAUGGCUUCUAAUCAUCUAAGGAUUGUCUGUGUACAGAUACAUAAUAGACAGUGUAAAUAUUUUACUAUUCAAACUCCAUUUUCACAAUGUAAAAAUACUGCUUUCAAUACAAGAAAAAAACCUAUUUUUAUUUGGUAAUAGGGUAUGGUGUGUAAAAAUUAAAGAUAUUAAAUAUACUUAUUUAAAUAAUUAUAAUACAUGUUUUAACACAUAAUUCAUUUUUGUAAAAACUGGAAUAUAAAGUUUUAUUCUUAAGAAUUAUGUAUCAAAUAGAAGUUAUACUUCCUUCCCAUGCUCACAAAAUCGACAAAUUAAAUGCCGAAUAAAUUUUUAAAAUAUUUGUUUCUAAACUGACUUUGUGUCAUUCCUUAAGAUCAUCUAAAAAAUUAAAAGCUUGAAAACCCUUAAUCUAUUGACAUAUUAACAAACACAUAAUUUUGCUGUUAUUAUCAAUCUGUCAAGAAGAUGGAGCACUGUAGCUGAUACCAGUAGUUAAAACAGAUUGCAAAGGAGAUUGGCAGUUAGUUUGUGUUAUACCAGGCUAGACAAGUAUGACAAGAGAAUGCUUUGUGUAACCAUUUUUCAACUAACAAAUUGUUCACAAAUAUUAGCGUUUGACAUUAUUUUUUAUUGAUAAGCAGAUUUGACAUUCCAAAAAUACUAGACUUAAAAUUGUAUUUUGUAGGAUUUUUAAACAUAAUUUAUUUAAGUAAAUAUUAAGACAGUUAAAUGAUUUUUCAGCAUUUUAUUAAGGAUGAAAAAUACUCUUAGAUCAUACUGGUUUUCUUUCUAAAAUUGGUUUUUUGUUUUAUUGUAUCUAAAAAAGUAAUAUACAGGUAUGUGUGGAAAACCUAUUAUUUGGAAUUAAGUUAUGAUCUGUUAAAAAAGAUUUACAAAGAAGUGAACUUUUAUUAAAUAUAUAAAGAAAAAUGUACAAUAGUUUAUGAUCUACCUCGCUGCCAUGAUCUGCAAUAUUUUCCCGAAUAAAACAUUUAGGCUUAUUUCUUACUUUAUGAACAUUAUAUAAAGUAACAUAACAUUAUAGAACAAAAUGUAUUAAAAAAUAUGUCAGAAUAAGGAUAGUAGUGUUUGUCAACUAAGAAAAAAGGGUGAAUUUAACAAUUAAAAGUAUGUAAAAAAAACAUAGAUUGCCUGCUUGGUUGUUUUGCAUAGAAACGUGUGGGCAAUAGAAUACCACCCGCUGGUCCUAAAGAUCUUAAAAUUUUUAAUUCAUAAUACAUAAUUUGAAAGUAUGACAGGUUUUAAGACAAUCGUUAUAUGUUGCAAAUAUAAAACACCAUGUUUUGAGGACUGAUAUUUAUCCUCCUCUUCAGUUGUCAAAAAACUUGAGAAUGAUUAAACAUGCUAAAAAUCAAAUCAUUUCACAUAAGAGAUGUUAAAUCAGGUAUAUAUUAAGAAAUUUGAUGGUGUUAGCAAUAGUUUAGUUUACCCAACACUAAAUUACUAAAAUGAAUUUAAAAAAGUCAAUAAAAGAAAAGCUAUAAUGAAAUCAUUAGUAGCAAGUAUUUAAUCAAUAAACAUGUUUGGAAUGAUAGAUAAAGUAGUAAAGCUGGCUAUGGCUGGUUCUUCAACACUAGAAACAUGUGGCAUGAGAAAAUAGGCUUCAAGAAAACAUAUUGUGAUGUAGGUUAACUAUAACACUUUCUGUGACAUCUAAAAACAGAGAAGAUUAUCUGCAUUUUACUGAACUUUUUGUAACCUACUCCUAACUACAAAAUAAAUGUAGUACAACAUAUUUGUACUAUUUCAAAUAUGUUUACAUUUAGUGUUCGGACCGUCCAUGGUAUAACAAGAGUAAUCAAUGGCUAGUUCAAAUUGAUAUAUCGAUUAAUCUAAUUACAUAUCAAUUUAUAAGCAAUACUGAAUAACCUUGUUGUUUCAAGAUUCCUUACUCAGGUUUGUAACAUUUAUCCAUAGAUUGAAGGGCCAGGAAAUGGUAUCUUGUGCACUCCUCACAUAACUUAUGGUAAAUGAAGGUAUGACUGAUUGCAAUAGGAUAGUUUAACAUGUACAUUUAGGUAAAUAAAUUAAGCCAUUCAGAAUUGAAAAUACAAUACCUUAAUAACCUACGUUUUAAUUUAUUUUAUUGAUUUUGUUUGGAAAUUGUCAUAUUGGUACUGUGUUUUAUAAAUCCUAUGACACUAA